AUGCCGCCACCGGUUGAUCUCGACGCUUUAGAUACCUCCUGCACCACCGCUAGCGACCGCAAAAUCGCCUGCGAACAAGUCGCUGAUGCCGACGGCAACUCCCACUCACCGUCCCGAUCCUCCGACGCCGCGGAAGAAUUCAACGACGUUCCUCCCGAUUUUCCCGCUGAAUCGUUCUGGCUCUCACAAGACGCCGAGUUCGACUGGUUCGACCGCAACGCGUUCCUCGAGCGCAAAGAGUCAACUCGAGGCAACAUAUGUAGCGCUACUAAUCAGUCUAACAACACGACGUCGCAGCGAUUCGCGAAACAAUUGAAUUCGAAAGCUGCUAUACUUGGAAUGCCUAACACGCAGAAGAGCAAUCAUGUUGAUAAUAAGCGGAGGCAGAGUAAAGCGCCGAUUAUGAGAUUGUUCCCGUCGAAAAGAUCGGAGUCGAUUAAGUCGACGGCGGGGAUUGCGGAGCCUUCGUCGCCGAAAGUUUCGUGUAUCGGAAGAGUGAGAUCGAAGAAGAGCCGGAGCCGGAGGAGGAAAGUUACGGUGAAGGCGGUGGUGGAGAGGACGAGAUCGGCGGAUGAAGUGAAGAAGAAGAAAGGUUUUUACUCCGGUUUAAUGUCGUUGUUCCGGUCGGACCGGAAGUGUACGAAUAAAGGUUCGGUGAGGAUCAGUGAACCGGUGGUUAAAUCGGUUUCUAGAAAGAAGAAGUGUGAGGAUCCGAUUCAAGAGAGUUGUGAAUCGGCUUGUGAACCGGUCGGUUUGGGAGGGAUGACCCGGUUUGUGUCCGGUCGUCGGUCCGAGUCGUGGAUUGUUGGGGAAGAAUCUGACGCGGCGAGAAAUGAUUCGCUGGAAGCGUUCCGUAAGAGUGGGUCCACUAGGCGGCUAUAA